CUCUGGUAGUGAUGGUGUAUAGCUUUCUGUUUUGACUACGAACCAGACACAGUGAGGCCAGAUUCAGGGCACUUUGGUCCAUGAUGGAAGAAGCGGAAGUGCAAGGAGCUGUAAGGCCAAAAAAAAUGCAAGCCCAGCAACAUGCAAGUGCAGACGACAGAAAACAGAGAAGCGACUCUGGAGGGAAAGCGUCCGGUAACAAAAAGUCAAAUUUCAAACCCAAGGAGAGCAACAUUAGACCAAACCUAGCUAAUGCUAAUGCGAAACUCAGAGCCCAGCUAGCAGAAUCGAAGCGUGAGCAGUAUAAGCUACAAUGCAGGGAGUACAUGGCCAAGAGAAGAGCCGGCGAGUUCAAGUUCCACCUGAAGCAGCUUCAUGGUAAGUACUCCUUCUCCGUUUUGGAGUCUGAGAGAACCAUCCUGGAGCUCAAGGAGCAGCUGGAACAGGCUCGCAACGAAAACCUGAUCAGUCAGACGGAGAACGAGGAGUUGAAGAAGAACAACAACCUGUUUGUUGAAAUGCUGGAGAAGGAGCAAGCAGAAAACAAGAACAUGGCAGCCAGAAUGGAGAAGACGGAGGAGCUGAAGGUCGAGCUGGAAGAGGCAAUGCAGAGAAAGCAGAAGGAGUGGACUCAGAAAUCUGCCUGCCUCAACACUAAAAUGGAAGAACUUGAAUUAAAAUUACAGGAGUUAUUGAAGAAGCGAGGCUGAGUUGAUAAGAAAAGGAUCAGCCUUCAUACCGACUCAGGAUUAUUGAUCGAUUGAAGGUCCAUCACAGGAGUUGAUAAGCUAAAUGAGAAGCCCAACAAUCCACCACACCACUGGUCUGAACACUGACGCGAGGAUCCACACAGAUCACCCGUUUUAUCCUGAAUGUGUUCCUGUGUUAAGUGUGUCACAGGAUUGAUUUCCACCAAUGUUCUUCCCUACACUCACAAUGUUGGUAUUGUACCAACUGUGCAACACAUUUUUGUUGAAUCUAUGUCGGAAUAAAGACGA